CUGAGAGCAGAGCCCACAGGGUCUCCCAUGGGCCUGACUAGCCGGGCGUGGAUGUCAUGGAGCUGUGUGCAAAGAAGCUCCCCCCAGAGGAAGAAAGGCGGGUGAGGGCCAACGCCCGAGAGUACAACGAGAAGUUCCAGUACGCGAGUAACUGUAUCAAGACCUCCAAGUACAAUAUCGUCACCUUCCUGCCCGUCAACCUCUUCGAGCAGUUCCAGGAAGUGGCCAACACCUAUUUUCUCUUUCUCCUCAUCCUGCAGCUGAUCCCCCAGAUCUCCUCGCUCUCCUGGUUCACCACCAUCGUGCCUUUGGUGCUCGUCUUAACCAUCACGGCUGUCAAAGAUGCCACUGACGACUACUUCCGCCAUAACG